CGAACGCGAGGCAACAGAUGGCGCUGGCGGCCCCCUGACACCACGGCAGCAGACGAAUUUCUCUCGCGCUCGGGCCUCUCUCUGCAACUCUAUGCCACUAUGAGUUCUGAGCGUGAGGGAGAGUCCGUGACUGACCUAAGCUGACCCAACUCCGAAACAAAUUUGCAAGACAGAAAGGAUGGACGUGGCUAACUUGAGAUCUCGUCUAGCUGCCCAUGGCCAAGAGCAUCUCCUGCAGUUUUGGGACACCCUGACGGAGGGGCAGAAGAAGACUGUAUACAAUGACCUCAAUGAGAUGGACUACGAGGAAGUGUGCGGCUUCUUCAAGCGGACGGUGUCCUCCCUGAACGAGGAGCAGACCAAGCUGGACGAGCGCAUGCAGCCAAUCCCGGCCGAGAUGCAUGGCUCCGUGACCCGCACGCCCCUCGAGAAGAUCACCGACUACGAGGAAGCAGGUCUGCAUGAAGUGAGUGAAGGUCGUGUUGGAGUAUUGUUGCUGGCGGGCGGGCAAGGCACCAGGCUAGGAGUGGACUACCCAAAGGGCAUGUACGAUGUCAAGUUGCCAUCAAGGAAGACACUCUACCAGCUGCAGGCAGAGAGGUUGCUGCGACUCCAACAACUUGCAAGGGAAAAGUUUGGCAAGUCUGGAGACAUUCCAUGGUACAUCAUGACCUCGGAGCACACCAAGGAACCUACCAUGGACUUCUUUGCUCGUCACCACUACUUUGGUCUGGAGAAGGAAAACCUGAUCGUCUUCGAACAAGGAAUGCUCCCGUGUUUCACCUUCGAUGGCAAGAUCAUUAUGGAGAAGCCCAACAAGAUUGCACGCGCCCCUGAUGGCAAUGGAGGCCUCUACAGGGCUCUUAGGGAAAAGAACGUUUUGGAAGAUAUGGAGCGCCGAGGAAUCAAGUAUGUCCACGUGUACUGUGUUGAUAAUAUUCUAGUCAAGAUGGCAGAUCCUAUCUUCAUCGGGUACUGUCUGUCUAAGGGGGCUGACUGUGGAGCCAAAGUGGUGGAAAAGGCAUUCCCAACAGAAGCUGUCGGUGUUGUCUGCAAAGUGGAUGGGAUCUACCAGGUUGUAGAAUACAGUGAAAUUACACUCAAGACUGCACAGAAGCGGAACCCAGACGGCAGGCUCACCUUCUCUGCCGGAAACAUCUGUAACCAUUUCUUCACCACAGAGUUUUUGAAAAAUGUUGUGUAUGGUGACUACGAGGCCAGCAUGAAACACCAUGUUGCUAAGAAGAAGAUUCCCAUGGUAACUAACGAGGGCAAGACGGUUAAGCCCGAGAAGCCCAAUGGAAUUAAGAUGGAGAAGUUUGUGUUUGACGUCUUUCAGUUCUCCAACACUUUGGCCGUGUGGGAAGUAAUUCGUGAGGAUGAGUUCGCCCCCCUCAAGAAUGGAGACGGAGCAGAGAAGGACACACCCACCACCUGUCGUCAUGCCCUCUUCUCACUCCACCAUCGCUACCUUCUGAACGCAGGCGGCACCCUCAUCGAUUCCGAAGGAGAGCCUCUGCCUCUCAUCCCUAGGCCAGAGGACAGACCGGUAACAGUAGUGAACAGCCCUGCUGCUGCACCAAAAUGCCCUACCACAGAAAAUGCCAACACUGAAUUUAACAAUAAUGAUGCCCAAAAGGAGAUGCGAUGGGAUGAGUGCCCGGUGGUGGUUGAAAUUUCGCCUCUUGUGUCCUAUGCUGGUGAGGGACUGGAUAAGCUCGUGGCCAACAAGAAGUUUACGUGUCCACUCAGUCUCAGCGAACCAGCCAAGAAGAUUGAAGCAUAAGAAAGUGCGGAGAAUGCCUACCUUGUGAACCUUUGUCAAUAUUCUCUUUUUGACAGCUGCAAUUUCACAUUUCAAGCAAAAAAUAAUUUUUCACGUGAAAAGGAGCUUGUGUAAAUUCCAAAUAUCAUUAGCAUCUAGUGAGAUUGCUUUAGCUAGAAGUAUACAUGUGUGUUUUGGCUUGAUGGGAAGCAGUGUGUUCUGUCACAUUUAGAUCGCUCAAUCACAAAAUCUCUACACUGUUAGCUGAGGAUAUGCAGCAGAAGUUGCAGAAGUAAAUGUUACAAAUAAUUGUACACAGUUACAUUCACUUGAAUUGGCAGAAAUGUGAUGUCCAUGUUCAUAUCAUGCAUUCUCAUAGUGAAUAAUUCUGAUUGCAUUUCCAGUAUUAAGUGGCAGAAUAAUCAUAAAAUUGAAAUGACUGAUGUUUGGAAAUUGCUGGUGAUGGUAUUUUGAUUGCUUUGCAAUCAUAGCAAUUAUUUGUAACACUUGAUUACUUUUUGUGCAUUUUAGAUGACAGAGUUUUAACUAUAACUGUCAUCAAUCCAUUGGGUAAAAGAGGUUAUUUAUAGGUAAUAUUUUUUUAGAUUUUAGUUGGCUGCAAAUUAUCUUGUGGUUGUAGGUAAGGGAAUUUGUUCAUUCUUGUGCCUUACAUAAACAUUGAAGUCAUGCAUUAUAAGAAAGAGUAUUGCAAAGUGUAUUACAUGAUAUCAUCUUCAUUUCAUUAUCAUCAAGAUUCAUAAGAUACUGUACUUAAAGAGAAAAACAAAAAAUAUAUGACUAGGUUUUAAAUCUUCACUUCAGAUAAUGAAAUAAAUAUGUGGCAGUGAAUUGGUCAUUAUUGGACUAGCACAAAAAGUAAGACAAAGAAUUUUAUCUAAGAGAGACAGAUAAUUAUUUUAUUGUAGGUUUUAUCUUGAAGACCAUACACAUUUUUUCUGCAAUGGAAUUCUCAUUUUGAAUUGUCAUUACACACUAAUAUCCCGUGAGUUUUCUUUGUGCACUAUCAACAUUGUUUUUUUUUUUUUUUUAACCAUGACAGAUUUUUAUACAUAUGAAUUGUAUAAUAUUGUUAUUUUAUGUACAGCUUCUGAUUUAUACUUUGGUGUAAAGUUCUCUUUUAUUGUUUGUAUCACCAGAUGAUUUAGUGACAUUCCAAAAGGUAGAGGUAUACAGUACAUGAAGACCUUUUUGUCAUAUAUAACACCGUAAAUUAUGACUCAUGGCCUAUAGAGUUUUUAUGUGCAUAAUACUUGUAUAAGGAAAAACCAAAGGUACUCUUUUCACCUUUGUACCCUCAAUGUUUUUCACCUUUGCAUAUAUUAAAUAUAACAGAAGUACAAAGAAGUCUCCUGCAUCACAGGUAAAGGAGGUAUAAAAAAGCUGGUUGUACACAGUGUUUUGUACUGUAGUAAUACCUUAGUAUUUUUGUUGUAUAGUGUGGCUAGUAAUGGAAUAAAUCUCACUUUGCAUCUUUUAUAGUCAUUCUAUACUGGGGAAAUGAGAAAUAUGAUAGAAUACAUUGUAACAACAUUCAGCCAUUAUACUUGUGUGGAAAGUCAAAAACUCUUACCCUACAAGCAAUAUGUUAAUUAUAUGGCUUCUGUCAUAGGAUCCCAAUUCUUAAAAAUAUUCUCCAGCAAUGUAUAAAUACAAGUAAAGGGGCAACCAGUAAAAUUUAAACACAUUAGUAGUAGAAACACUUGUUGCAUCAUCCAUUACUACAGCCAUGGGAACAAGUGAGUAGCAUUUGUAUUUUGAGAGCAAGUUUGCAGGUGUUAUAUGUAUGGUUGAAUAACAUGACUGUGUGCACAAGUGAUUGUAACUGUUUUAGUCAGCUUGUAAUUCUCUAUUACAAGCACUACAGUUAGGACACCUUCCAUUAUCCAUUCAGUAUUUUUUUUUGUUACUUACAAAAAUCUCUGGUACUUACAUAUUGGAAUUUUAUGAUUUUGCAAAUGGCAAAAGUAAAAAUGUAUUUAGUCCUGUGUGUACAUAUCUUUUAAAUGGGACAUACUUGUUUUUCUUAUUUUUAUAGAGAAAUCCUGACUUUUAACUCUUCAUAUAUCUAAAACUGGUUGUAUGUUAAAUAAUUAUCUAUAUUUUUAAAUUUCUUACUUUGUUUAAUGAUUCUAUCUUAUUCAUCUACAGUGUCACCAUUCUUUAUAUACUGCAAACAAAUCAACACAAGAAAGUGUAGUGUGGAUAUAAUUAUAUAUAUAUAUAUAUUUGAUUUUUUCAAGAGGACCAUCCAGUUUUUCAACUACAAACAAAAUUAUCAGUAUCAGAGGUACAAGAAUAUUUUGGGGAGUGUGAUUAGCAUACCAUGCGUACCAAGACCAAAAGGGCACUUUCGUUUUGUUUUGUAGUAGAAUCAGUGUGCAAUAUCGCUUGUGUAUUUGAGGAAAAUAUAGGAGUCUACUUGUGAAUUCACCACAUUAGAAAUACAGUGAAGUCAAGACAGUCAAUACCAGUUGUUAAAAAAAUGGUUAUAUCUAAUAUAAAAUGGUUGUCAUGAAAUCAUUGUAUUGAUUUUUGCCUUAUAGGCAAGUGAUUUACUGUAAUCUUAAUUAAAAUACAGAUUGCCAAUUAUC